AUGAAUGAGGAUAGCGUGGCGGCCACAGAAGCUAGUCAAGGUCUUCUGGUCGACUUGGAGUCGCCAGCUUUCAGGUCAAGUGAUUAUGUGUCGUUGAUGGAGCGAAUAAGGGCAAAUGAGGAUAAACUAUCGGAUCUCAAGCCCUUAGCAUCGCACGGAGGCAUCCACAAAACGUUGGAGCGGGUGCGUAAAUAUUAUUACUGGCCAAGUUUGGUUAAAGACGUGAAGGUCCAUGUGCUGGCUUGCGAGACUAAGGCUGCGAUUAAGAUUCAGCGACCGCCUAUGGGAGUACCAGCAGAAUCGCAAAGAUUUUUCCAGAAGUUGUAUAUUGAUUUUUUGGCCGUGAAGAAACUGACGGCGGAUGUGGUAAUAAAAUAUCUUCAGGAAGAUUUGUUCCUCACGUUUGGAGUUCCGGAGACCAUAAUCUCGGACAACGGAUCCCAAUUCAAGGCGGAGAUUUUUCAAAAGUUUCUCAGAGUUAACAAGAUAUUGCACACUCUGACCGCGGUAUAUUCUCCUCAAGCUAACGCCUGA